AUGCAUGAAAACUACACAUUGGUCACAGAAUUUAUUCUUCUUGGAUUUCCAAAUCUGAAAAGUUUCAAGAUUUUCUUCUGGUUCAUUCUCCUUAUUACAUACUUUGCUGCAAUGUCUGGAAACCUUCUCCUUAUUUUUCUGGUUUCUAUAAGCAGGAGACUCCAAUCUCCUAUGUAUUUAUUCCUUUCCCAACUUUCUGUAUCUGAUAUAUUUCUCAUAACAAAUAUUGUGCCUAGCACACUACACAUUGUGCUUGGUGAUGGUGGAACUAUGUCUUUUGCUGGGUGUUUAGUGCAAUUUUAUGUGUUUAGUGUCUCUGAAGCCUUUGAGUGUCUUCUUCUGACUUUGAUGGCUUAUGACAGAUACCUAGCCAUAUGUAACCCUCUGCACUAUAGUUCUUUAAUGAAUCAUGCAAUUUGCAUUAAGUUAAUUAUCAUGUCUUGGUUGCUAAGUUUUUCUAUAAUAUUGAUUGACACAAUAUCAAUAUCUAGACUCCAUUUCUGUGGACCCAAUAUCAUUGACCAUUUUUUCUGUGAUCUUAGUCCACUCUUGAGCCUUUCUUGUUCAGACACUUCUAUAAUUAUGCUAGAAGUUAGUAUAAUGAGCAUUCCUGUUGUGAUUUUUCCUCUUAUAAUUAUUAUUAUUUCUUACGCAUAUAUUGUUUUAACCAUUCUUGAGAUUUCAUCCAGCACUGGAAGAUGGAAAACCUUUGUUACUUGCAGUUCCCAUCUGACAGGGGUUUCUAUAUAUUAUGGGACACUGAGCAGUAUGUAUGUUCUUCCAGGUGGAGAACAAUCCUUGACCACCAGCAAAGUUCUGUCUCUGAUGUAUACAGUGGUGACUCCGAUGCUUAAUCCUGUGAUAUAUAGCUUUAGAAAUAAUGAUAUUAAGCAAGCCUUGAAGAAAUGUUUCAAUCAAUGCAAUCAUUUAAAUGUCCUAAGUAAGUAA